UAUAGCGCGUGAGUCUCGCCUGCAGUCGCUCGCCAUGCCGCUGAACGCCGGAGACUCCGGGUACGGCGCCGUCAGCGUCCCCGCCACGUCCGCCAGCGCUGACGUCACAGAAGCCGCCCCGCUGCUCGUGCCCCAACCGGGACCGGAGGAGGAAGCGUGGCGGCCCAUGACCAAGGAGGAGCUGGAGCGGAAGGCAGGGGGACCCCGCUGGGCUCAGGUGCGCUUCUACCUGGUGCUGCUCUUCUGGGUCACGUGGCUGGUGAUGUUCAUCGCCUCCAUCGUCAUCGUGAUCCUGAGCCCCAGGCCGGUCGUCACCCCGCUCAAGUGGUGGCAGAAGUCGCUGUUCUACCAGCUGCAGCCGGAGAUGUACAUGGAUGCGCAGAGCGGACGCUCGGAGGGCAUCAACGCUCUGUGUGUGCAGCUCCCUCACCUCAAGUCGCUGGGUAUCGGCGCCCUGAUCCUGGAGGGUCUUUUCCACCAAAACAAAUCCUCCACCAAUCUGACCGGGGAAGGCAUGGAGACGUGGCCGCAGAUCCGACAUUUGCUCGGAGAGAGCAAUAAAGCAGGUCUCAGAGUUGUGCUGGACUUUUGCCAUGUGGAGUUUUUAGAGAGUGUUGAAGACGCAAGCGAGCGAUCCGACAGGGUCCAGAACACACUGCGCUUCUGGCUGCGGCAGGGCGUGGCAGGCUUCGCUAUCUGUGACACGGAUGCAACAUUUUCUGAAAAGACUCUGUUGAUGUGGAGAGAUGUUUUACGAGAGUUUAAUCACGAGGAGGAGAGGAUCAUUGUUCUGAAACAGACGACCGACGUUCUGCCUUCUUUCAACGUGUCGGGCCAGAACAAUGUGACUCUGGUGGACAUAGUCAUGAGGUCCCUGCUUCCCUCUUCACCGAAGCUUCUGUCCGGAAAUGAAGUGGCUGCUGCCAUCGGGAGCCACCUGCAGAAAGCAGAGGACGGUUGGCCCAGCUGGACGGUCGGAGGUCACACGUCUAAUGACUUAAACAAAUUAUUGUUGGUGUUGACGAUGACUCUGCCGGGGUCUCCGGCUGUCCAGUAUGAUGAAGAGACGGAGCGAAGACAGAAUUACUCGAUAAAUGUUGGAUCGUCACCUAAAGAAUCAAACGGAACUAUGUCAAACACAGACCAAAACAAGGAUUUAUCCUCCGUCCUCUUCACGUCGCUCAGUCACACGAGAGCCCGGGAAGAGGCUCUGCAGUACGGCACCUUUACCUUUCUCCCCUUCAGCUCCGGCAACUCUUCCCUCUCCUCUCCUCCAAUCCUGGCUUUCCUACGCUCCUGGGGUUGUGUCCACUUCCUGGUUCUGCUCAAUGUCGGGCCCCACUCGAGCCCCUUGGACCCAGUGUUGGCCUCCAGUCUGCCAGAAGGGGGAGUGUUCAUGGCCAGCACAGGAAUGGACAGACGUGGCUCCACGUCUCUGAACACACUGAAACUGAGGCCCCAUGAAGCCGUGGUUAUUAAACUGUUUGAGAGUGCAAGGUAA